CUCUGAACUUGUGGGUUUGGCUCUGGCUUGUGAGGACGGAUGAAAUUCAGUCGAGAGCGUCAGAGCUGGCUGAGCUCCACAGCCCACCUCACCUGGACCUCAACUGUUCCUUCAGGAAAGCUUAUUGAUUGAAAAAGAACACAGAACAACAUGCCAAUAUAUAGAUAUAGCUAGACAGAUCUCUGUUUACCUGAUGGUGAUGUAUCCUGAUGCGCACGACGUAAUAUUGGAGACGGCGAGGUGAACACGCAGCCGGUUGUCAAACCUAUAAGAGCAACUUGGUCUUUCUCCAAAAUCUGACAUGGCCAUGUGUUAAAUGGAUUCCCUCAGCUUAAUCAAUGGCUCCUCUGGGAGCAAAGAGCUGGCCAUCGGGGAGGAUUCAUCUGACGUGACUCUGAAUCAUCAGCUGCUAGAGCUGGGAGACAGCACCAAGCUUCUCGGGGUCCAGGUGGUCCUGAUCUUGGCAUAUUCUACCAUCAUCCUUUUGGGUGUUAUUGGGAACUCCCUGGUGAUUUAUGUGGUUUACAAAUUUAAGACACUCCGUACUGUCACCAACUUCUUCAUUGCAAACCUAGCCGUGGCUGAUCUGCUCGUCAACACGUUGUGUCUCCCGUUCACGCUGGCUUACACUCUCCUCGGGGAGUGGAAGUUUGGACAAGUGCUUUGUUUCACUCUGCCGUAUGCUCAAGGUCUCGCCGUUCACGUCUCUACAAUUACAUUAAAUGUAAUUGCACUGGAUCGGCAUAGAUGCAUCGUUUAUCACCUAGACACUCGAAUGUCAAAAGACACCUGCUUUCUGGUCAUUGCCAUCACCUGGGUAGUAAGCGCUCUUCUGGCUAGCCCACUGGCCAUAUUCAGAGAGUAUGGGAUUGUAGAUCUUUCUCCAGGUGACUCCAUUGAGGUUUGUGGAGAGAAGUGGCCUGACAGUAGUACAGACAGCACUCUAUACUCAAUCUCCACGCUGCUGCUGCAGUAUGUGUUGCCUCUGGCAAUCAUCUCUUUUGCCUACAUCCGUAUCUGGAGUAAACUCCGCAAUCAUGUCAGCCCAGUUGGUCACAAUCACAGGCACCAGCGACGCCGCAAGACCACCAAGAUGCUGGUUACUAUGGUCGUGGUGUUUGCGGUCAGCUGGUUGCCUUUCCAUGCUUUCCAGCUGGCCACUGACAUUGACCACAGCGUGUUGGACAUGAAGGACUUCAGGCUUCUUUACACUGUCUUCCACAUUGUGGCCAUGUGCUCGACAUUUGCCAACCCGCUUCUCUAUGGUUGGAUGAACCGGAACUACCGCAGCGCCUUUGUUUCGGUUUUCCAUUGCAAGGAACGGCUUGAUUUGUUGCACGCAGAGGGCCAGGCUGCCACAACAGCAGUUCGCAUCAAACCAAAAAAAGCUAUAGAAGCCCAAGAUAAAGUGACAACACAUCUCAAUGCAACAGAUGUCUGAGGGGACAAAGGUGAGGAUACUGAAAGGACUCCUGAUGUCAAAUCGAAUCUGUGGAGGAUUUGUCAUGGUGCGGAACAUCCCUCUGAUUUAUGUGGUUUCCAAAUUAAGACACUUCAUACCAUCACCAGUUUCUUCAUGGUACAAAUUGCCAUGUCCAAUCUGCCUGUCAUCAUGGUGUGUCCCAUCUAUGCUGGCAGCUGGCAGAGUUUGGAACUGCUUUGUUUCACUCUACUGUAUGCUCAAGAUGCUGUCCAUGUCCCAGUGUUAGACGAAAGUGUGCUGGUGACAACAUCACAACAAUGUGACCUAGCUAAAUUCUAUGUUAUGAACUCAGUGCCAUAAAAGAGCACAGACAAGCCUCGGAGAUCUUCUCAUCUUCAUUAAUGCAUCUUCGCCAAGAUCUAUAAGGUAGUUGAAUAUACUUAUACUUAUACUUCAUGGAUAUUUCCAGAUCUUGCAGUUUGGAUGCCUUCCUUUGGUAGGAAAGAUAAUUAUACACAAUUUUGUUCAGAAGGAUCAUCAUAAUGAAACAGUUUCAGAUGUUAUCGAAUGACAAAUUUGUGCUCUCAUGCAUGACUCUGGAAAGUGUUAACAACAAAUUGCUUCUCCUUUCAUCUGAAAGUAUUUUGCACAGUGGAAUAGUGUGGUGGCACUUCUUCAGACUAACAAUGGCACAAGGACAAGGAGGAAUGUUUCAACACAAAUAUCUGCAUUAUCUCUUCUAUUAAACCUUGAGGGAUGAUCUGACAUUUCAAUACUUUUCAUAUGAAAAUAUUAAGAAUGUGUUUCAUCUAAAAUAUUGCACAAAGAAUUAUCUUUGACUGUACUUGACAGAUCAAAGUGGAUUGUUCACUUGCUGGUUAACUUUUAAAAAAACUUAACCCUAGUAAUGGAUUGGAAUGUGCAAAUAUGACAACAUAAAUGUGCAAGUAAAAAAACAGUAAAUGGGGGGGGGGUGUACAGGUAAUGGAAAUGUGCUCUCUACUGUAUAUUGUUCUCUUCUGUAAAGCUGUCACAUUUCAAUCACCAUGCCGGAUGAAUGUAAUUUCAAUGUGAAAAAAACAAAAAAAAAACAAAAAAACAUCUGA